UUCACAACGAAACUACCAUUCCAACAGUUGAUCGACCUUUCUAGCCUGCUGUCCCAAGACAAAGAUGAUAGGUAUCCUCCUCCUCUGCUUGGUGAGUUCAGCCCUGGCAGCUGUCAUCAACACCACUCCAGUCACCCUCACAACGACGCCUAACACAUGCGAACGCCAUGGCAAAUACUACAAGAUUGGCGAGCAUUUCAAACCAACUCCAUGCGAGAGGUGUUUCUGUGGAGCUUCCGGUCGAGCUGCCUGUGUAUACGUGGACUGCGUACUUGCUUUGUGUGUAGACGCUGUCAAACAACCAGACCAGUGCUGUUCAACCUGUCCAAAUGGCUGGAACUGCAAGCACGGUGACGUCAUCAUCAAGAUGGGCGAGGUGUAUAACCCUGACCCGACGACCUCGUGUCGAUGCAACAACAGUCCUUUCAGCCUGGGAAUCGGGAUCCAUGGCUUGAAUGCAGAAUGCACUGCCAUGUGAAUAAAAAUACAUUUGCAUCGCU